UGUCCGCGCGGGAGCCCAGGCCAGCUUUGGGGUUGCCCCCUGACGCGUCUUGGUUCCUGAGUCUCACCACCCAGCGAAGGCGGCAGCGACUUCUUCGACUAAAGGACUCAGCGUCCAGUGCUGCAGCCGAGGGAUCUAAGGGCACUGCCACCCGCGCCGCCACCAUGCCCAACUUCUCUGGCAACUGGAAGAUCAUCCGAUCCGAAAACUUUGAGGAUUUGCUCAAAGCGCUGGGGGUGAAUGUGAUGCUGAGGAAGAUUGCUGUAGCCGCAGCAUCCAAGCCAGCAGUGGAGAUCAAACAGGAGGGAGACACUUUCUAUAUCAAAACCUCUACCACUGUGCGCACCACGGAGAUUAACUUCAAGAUCGGGGAGGAGUUUGAGGAGCAGACUGUGGACGGGAGGCCCUGUAAGAGCCUGGUGAAAUGGGAGAGUGAGAACAAAAUGGUCUGUGAGCAGAGGCUUCUGAAGGGAGAGGGGCCCAAGACCUCCUGGACCAGAGAACUGACCAACGAUGAGGAGCUGAUCCUGACCAUGACAGCAGAUGAUGUUGUGUGCACCAGGGUCUACAUCCGAGAGUGAGCGGCCAUGGGUGCAAAAGCUGCUGGAGCCCACCGCCAGCCAAGCUCACCGCCCUACUUCAUUCCCACCCUCCCUGCCAUUCCCUCCUAGGCUAGCUUCUCCCCUUUCCCCUUCACUUCUGAGGGUCACUGGGAUGUAUCUUGCAGGGUCUUGCUUUCUUUGACCAUUUCUCCCUUCCCUUAUAACAACAAAGAGGAAUGGCUUGCAAGAGCCCAGAUCACCCUUUCCGGAAUCACUACCUCCCUCCCCAAGUCAGCAGACCGUCCCCAAACCAGCCCAGGGCAGAGUCUCUCAGUAAAGGAACCUGAGGGCCUAAGAGGGAAAGACUAGUCCUCUGGCUUCCACUCUGUCCGUGUAGCCUAUUCAGUUUAGAAUAUUUAUUUGUUAAUUUUAUUAAAACGUUUUUAAAAAA